AUGUUAGACGUGAAAGAAAACGAUUGCUUGGUGAAAAGUAAACGCGAUGUUAGACUCUUUCUGAAACGUGUUGUUAGUUGCAUAAAGAAAGGCUUAGAUCGCAGACUAAUUAGGCAUAAAGCAAGAACGAAUAGCUGGUUGAACGGUGUGAAUGUUUAUAGUUUGCUUUAAAUGAACGAUUAAUUUACUACAUUAAUAUGUUAGCGUGAAAAGUAAAUAUUGUUGAAAUAAAAUAAACUGUUGAAUAAAUUUAUAUUAAGUAUUUUUUAAAAAUAAACAAACAUGGACAAAAGAAGUGCUAAAUCAAUAAAACAAAGUGCAUCAGCGACAAAUGCAAAUGCAUCUUCUACCACUUCAGGUAGUAAAUCUUUAGGUGUACAAAAAUUUUAUACAAAAAUAAGACACAAAAUUGAAGAUAACUUUACACCUAAAAUUACCGGAAAACUUUACAAAUGUAAUAAAAAUUCUAUGUCAAUGAGUGCACUAAAUACUGUUGAAUCAGGUACUUCAACAGGACGUUAUAAAACUAUAAGUAAGGCCACUAAUAGUACUAAUAAUCCUGUCGCAAUAUCAGGAGUGCCAGAAGCAACAAAUAAACGUACAUCAUCGGGUAUGUUAAAACAUCGUCAUAUAUUAACAAAAUCUCACAAAAAUUUAACAACAGCCAGUACUACAACUGCGAUUGCGUCGACCGCAACAACAAACAAAUCAAAAAUCAAUGAAAAUUGUCUAAACAGUAAUGUUGCCGGUCAACAAACAGAAAAUAGCUGCAACCUUUCGCCCUUUAGCAAUAGCACUUAUAUAGACAGCGACGAAGAAUGUCAUCUCAGUUUGAAUUUAACAAAAUUAUCACUUGAAGAUGAAAUCUUCGAAGAACUUGAAAAAGUGGCACAUGACGAAUCCAAAUUGAAUGCAGUGCUCAAAAACUUUGAUAAGAUUUUAUACGAUUAUCAGGAAAAUUCAAACUCAAAUGUAGAAAACCAGAAAAGUGUAUUAAACUCAAAAUGUGAAGCAAUGGCACAAUCUCAAACUGAAAUCGAAAACAAACAACUUUCGAUUACUAAACAAAUUAAUGAAGCUGAUGACGUUAAUACGAUGUUGGAGGAGUUGGCUAAGCCUGCAGCGACUACUAAUGAAAUUCAUAAUGAAGAACAACCUGUUGCCGACAUUUUGGCAAAAUCUAAUACAUGCAAUAGCAUACGUACUUGUGCACAAGCCAAACAAAAUAAUAUGAAUAAAAAAACUAAUAAUGAUGAGACAUUGGAAAGUGAAUUUGCAACUAAGCGGCACAAAGAUGUAAAAGUAGAAAAUAUACAGCAAUCAAAAAAUCAGUUGUUGCCGAAAAAACUGGAGAAAUCCAAAUCAAGUUUGUCGAUUACCAAACGUUUUGGUUAUCAAAGUGUAGAUGCAACAGCAAAUUUAGGUAUGCAACAACGUGGUACAAGUGUAAAUAACGUGCGUACCAAAUCAAUGUGGGAGCUGACGCAGUCCAACUCAGCUAGUAAAAUACCAAUAUUAAAAAGUAUGCCAUUGCAAAAGCGUAGCAAUAGUUUCUGUUACAUGAGUAGCCGUAAUGUGGAUAAAUCAUUGUUCCAACAGUCUUUAAAUAACAAUAAGCGAAAAUCUUUUGAACUACUUAAUAAUAAAAACCGUGCCGCAUCUUCUUUAUGUUUAGCCAGCAAAAGUACUAAGAGCCCUACAGUCACUCAACGUCUCAUAAGAAAAUCGCCUACACCUCUUACAACAUCCACACCGCAGUCACUUAAUAAAAUUGGUAUGCCAUCAACUCAGGAUAGAACACAUAAAUUAUACAAUAAAUCACAAAGCUUGGAAGAAACUAAACCACAGUACAGUAAAACACUAGCAGAUUCCAAUUUCGCUACUGACACACUAAAGAAACAUAAAGGAGCUGAACGAAAAACACAGAAACAGCGUGAUGAAUUACUCGAUAAAUGUCUAGAAAAGGGUCAACAAAUAUUGCGAAAAGUUGAGUCAUUAAAUACUGAAGGUGUACGUCGUAUUAACAGCACAACGAAACGGAAUUUAACACGCACAAAGUCCACUAAGACUAGCAUCACAAAGGACAAUAGUACGGGUACCUUAAAAAGACGUCAAAUGCUGAAAAAACUGAAUUAUGCCAAUGAAGAAAAAAUAACACAGCCAGUCUUGGAAUCGUGCAAAAUCAUACCGCCUGUUUUGGGUGAAACUUCAGACAAAAACGCCGAACUCUUAGUGAACGUUGUGCAGGCGUUAAUACCUACUGCCACUAAUAAUACCAGCACUGUAAACAAUAAACUGCAGCUGCCUACCAACCAAAAUAAUGACGCCUAUGAAACGUACAAAUCCAGCACAAUUGAAACAGUGCCAUCACAUAUGCAUCAGCUCAUUGACUAUGUGCAUUUUAAAAAAUCACAGCAUAAUUCCGACAUGGACAAUGAUUCCGACGAUUCUGGUCACAUAUCAAAUGAAAAUGAUGCCACUGCAACGCUGCUCACCGCAUCUACUGUAACUUCAAAUGGUUGCGGUAGCAGUUUGUGUGAAUCAGAUGCAGGAGAAUCUGAUCUGUUGCCUGCACAGCCAAUUAAUACGGGAAAAUCUAAGAAAAUUUCGGCACUUUUGGAAAAAUUUGAAAAGCAAGCGCAGCACACAACCUUGCAACCACAUCUGCCUACCGCAGUGAAGGCAAAUAAGAAAAUUUGCACAACAGUGAAAGUAGCCGAACUGGACGCCGUUCAAUGCAUACAAACUCGUGUUGAAAUAUUUCCAACCUAUAAAAAAGAGGUAACUAUAAGGCUCCUCUAAAAAUCGUUUAAAGUAAUAGACACAUAUUUAUUUGCUUUAGUUACUUAAAGCUUCUUUAACGUUUGUGGUAUAAAUAAACAAAAAUAGUUAUAACUUACAAAACGUUUCACUUUUAUUAUUUUAUUUUAUAUUUUUUUAUUUAUUUCUAAUUAUAUAAUUAAUAAAAUAAUUAUAAUG